CUUUGGGGGGGGGGGCAUGGAAAUGGGAUAGACAUGGGUGUGUGUAUGUGUGUGGUAUUGCAUGGACAAUAUUGAGACUAAUGAAUAAGUGAUGAUUGAAUUCCUGGAAGUUGCUUUCGGAGGCUAUGGGGUACACAAAACUCAUGCCCCCAUAAUCGAAAAUAUAUUAAAUUGCCAACUCAUCGCAUUAUUGAGGAUGUCGCAGGCCGACAUUCUACAGAGUGUAUAAGAAGAAGACGACGGAAGGGUUUCAAUCGUUGCCAUGUAUAGCAGCGCUCUUCAGUGCAAUGCUAUGGCUGUUCUAUGCAUAUGUGAAGACGGGAGAGACUCUCCUUAUCACCAUCAAUGCGUUCGAUUGCGUGAUCGAGACCAUUAACCUUGCCAUUUACAUCACUUACUGUCCCAAGAAAGCUAGGAUGUCCACGUUAAGACUGAUUCUUUUGAUGAACUUUGCGGGAUUUUGUGUUAUUUUCCUCUUAACUCAUUUGCUCGCCAAAGGACCUGCGGCUCGCGUGAAGCUUCUUGGAUGGAUCUGUGUGGUCUUCGCCACCAGUGUUUUUGCGGCCCCUCUAAGCAUUAUCAGGGUGGUCAUCCGGACAAAGAGCGUAGAGUUCUUGCCCUUCCCUCUUUCGCUUCUCCUAACAAUCAGCGCUGUUAUGUGGCUCAUGUAUGGACUUGCCCUCAAGGACAUCUAUGUCACUCUUCCCAACGUUGUAGGGCUAUCGUUUGGGAUCGUACAGAUGGUUCUGUAUGCAAUGGACAGAAAGAACAAGCCUGUGAAAGACGAUAAGCUCCCCGAACAGAAGGGCGAAGUAAUGAAUGAAAACAAAGAGGAAGCAACUAAUGAGAACAAGAAGGUCGGUGAGGAAGAGAAACACGAAAUGGUAACCAUCGAGAUCGGAGAACAGAAGAAAGACGAAGAAGAAAAGCUGCAAGAAAAGGAACAAAUAGAACAAGAGCAACCUCAAAACAAGCAAGACCAAACAAAGGUUAACGACGUCGACGACAAAGCCAGACCAGCGGUGGAACCCUCCUUUAUUGAAAUACCACCACAGCAGAUGGUGGCUUGCGAAGUUUGAGGAGAGAACAGGACACAUAUACGCGCUCGCGCGUGUUUUCAGGAAUCCUGUCCUCUCUCUCUCACUCUCAGAUUGUCUCUCUGCGACCGCCGCACCGCAUGGGCUCUUGAAUUUUCGUGUAAAAUUGUUAAAGCCUCAUGAUUAGUGGGGAGGCCACAGAUGAUGUAGUUAAUUAAUAUGGUUCCAUUUUUAUCUUCACCUGUUACUUUUUAUCUUGUAGGAUUUAAUUUUCUAUGACACUACGUAAUAGUCGCUUAUAUAUGUAAAAGCAUGUUAUAUUGUUGAUAGCAGCCUACAUCGCAGGCGCCGAGUCUGCAUGGCAGAGAUAUGAUUCUGAUUUAUGUUGAAUACAAUUCCACCUUUUCCUUCUU